GGACCCGGUGGGGCGGCGGGUGCUGGCCAUCUACACCGGCGGCACUAUCGGCAUGCGGAGCUCCGGGGGCGUGCUCGUCCCCGGACAGAACUUAGUGGCGGCUCUGAGGAAGCUCCCGAUGUUCCACGAUGAAGAAUUCAGCCGGAGCCACAACCUUCCAGCAGACACGCUGGCUCUGCCCCUCACCAGCCAAAACAAAAGGAUCGUAUACACCGUCCUGGAGUGCCAGCCUCUCUUUGACUCAAGCGAUAUGACCAUCAAAGAGUGGACGAAGAUUGCCAAGGACAUCGAGGCCAACUACGACACCUACCAUGGCUUUGUGGUCAUUCACGGCACCGACACCAUGGCCUUUGCCACGUCCAUGCUCUCCUUCAUGCUGGGGAAUCUCCAGAAAACAGUCAUCCUGACCGGAGCCCAGGUCCCCAUCCAUGCGCUGUGGAACGACGGGCGGGAAAACCUGCUGGGAAGCCUGCUCAUGGCCGGGCAGUUCAUCAUCCCGGAGGUGUGCCUGUUUUUCCAGAAUCAGCUGUUCAGGGGGAACAGGGUGACGAAGGUGGACUCCAGGAAAUUUGCAGCUUUUUGCUCCCCGAACCUGCCUCCGCUGGCUCUGAUCGGAGCGGAUAUCACAAUUAACUGUGAGCUGAUGAUGCGACCAAACCCGAAGAAGCGGCUCCUGGUCCACACCAACAUGGAGAGGAAUGUCGGGGUGCUGCGGCUGUACCCCGGAAUCACGGCCGCCAUGGUGAAAGGCUUCCUUCAGCCCCCAAUGCGGGGCAUGGUGAUGGAGACGUUCGGCACGGGGAACGGGCCGACUGCCAGGGACCUGCUGCAGGAGCUGAAGGAUGCCACGGAGCGCGGCAUGAUCAUCAUCAACUGUACUCACUGCCUCCAGGGACACGUCACCUCGGACUACGCUGCCGGCCUGGCGAUUGCUGGCACUGGCAUCAUCUCUGGGUCAGACAUGACCUCCGAGGCUGCCCUGGCGAAGCUCUCCUACGUCCUGGGCCACACUGACCUCAGCUUGGAGGGCAAGAAGAAGCUGCUGAGGAAGAACCUGAGGGGGGAGAUGACGCCGCUGCCCGAGGACUACAGGGUCUCCCUGCGGGACAGCAAGUUCGUGCAGGUGGUGGCCAAGUAUCUUGGCCUCAGCAGCAGCCGGGAACUCGAUGCCGUCCGAGAUGCCCUCACGCCCUCCCUGGCCUGUGCCGCGGCCAGGACUGGUGACCUCGAGGCUCUGGAUGCCAUCCUGGACAUGGGGACAGACCUGAGCCAGGGGGACUUUGACGGACGCACUCCCCUGCACGUGGCUGCCCGGGAAGGGCACCUGGGAGCCGUACAGAGGCUGCUCUGUCACGGGGCCCGAGUCGGAGCCACGGACCGGGACGGGGCCAGUCCCCUGCUGGCAGCGGUCAAGGGCAGGCACCUGGACGUGAUUGAUGUGCUGCGAGCUGCUGGGGCUGAGCUUUCACCGAAGGAGCUGCAAGGAGUUGGCACAGAGCUCUGCAGGCUGGCUGCGAGCGGCGACAUAGAUGGGCUGAUAGUGUGGCGGCAAGCCGGGGCGGAUUGGGCCGAGGUGGGCUACACCGGACAGAGUCCCUUGCAAGUGGCAGAGGCAGCCGGGAACCAGGAGGUGGUCAAUGUUUUAAGGACUCUGGGUGACAGAGGACAGCAUUCAGGUGGCCAGUCUUGUGGAGGGGGAAGUCAUGCCUGAGGAGGAGUCUAGGACAGGAACCCUCCUGGGAGAAGCCAGACGAUGGGUGAUUGUCCUGGGAUGUCACUGUGCCUCGGACAAUGCGGGACUGGUUGGGUCCUAAUCACAGGUGGUAUCCCUGGGUCACCAUUCCAGCCCCUCAGUAGGGGAAAGCUGGGGCAGGAAGAUUUGGGCAGGGGAUGGGGGACAGUGAGAACUCUGUGGACAUCACAUAGGGACAACCGAGAAUCAGGUAGGGACAAGGCUAGCUAUUGUGGCUCUGGGUGAGGCUGAACCUUACCCACUCAGGGUAAAAUGGCCUCACCCCUCUUCUCCAGAGACCCCAUCCUUGUACUUGGGAAAGAUCCAGUUCACCUGUCUACUUUUGUGUUUUGUUGUCUGUCUCCCCCUUCUAGACUGUGAGCCCGUUGUUGGGUAG